ACUGACUCUCAGAUGAUUAGAUAAUUAGAUAAUUACCCAAUUGGUCUUGUCUUAGACGCCUCCACUCCUGUUGUAUUACAUAAGUCUUAAUUGGCUUCCCUGUAUCAACACCAGUCUUGCUUCCCUUUCCCCCUUUAUAGUGAGACCUCCCCUCCCCUGACAGUGCUGUAAAAUCCAGGGUCCUCGUUGGGGCCGCCAAGCGCCCACUGAGCAAGGGGGAGGCCACCAUUGUGUGGGUGGUUUCCGUCGUGCAUGCCGUGAUUCACCUCGUCAGCUGGUCGUUUCCGUUCCCCACGUCCACCGAGACGGUUCUCUGGCGGACGAGCAGCUUGAUCUUGCUGGUCGUCAUGGUGAUCGGGGGGUUGGUGCCCGUGCUCUCGACGCAACCCUGGUUCGACUUCACGUUCGACUUGUUGUGGAUAUGGACGCGGAAGGCGAAGAAGGAUACUUUCAUCCGCCGGUGGUUAUUCAGGGCAGUGGCUGAUUUUGCCUAUGCCGUGUAUAUUAUGGCUCGGCUUGUGAUUUUUGUCGAGAUUUUCGCGGUGUUUCGGUCGAUGCCGAAGGAUGCGUAUCAUGAUGUGCACUGGACGGCGUUCUGGCCGCAUGUGGGUUAGUAGGUUGCAGAGAGGGACCGUUAUAAUGGUUAUGAGAUGAACGACCAACAUGAAUAUACCCUGUGCUUCUUCAGAGUCACUCCAUCCCUGGGUUCAGUUAGUUAAUGACGGCAGGGGAUCUGCGUUAUGGCUGCAUGUGCAUAGUGCAUACUUCACAACCAUCCUACGUGCCAACCACUUUGGAGGUUGGUCCUCGGUAAAAUGUCAGAAUAAAUACUAAUUCCAGGUGGUUGUCUCAUGAUUCUUUAUCGUCCUCGCCUUU